AUGCACAGAGCGGGUGUCCGCGGCCUUCGCGUGAACCUGUAUCGGUACAAAGCUAUGGAAGAUGUCGAGCUACAGAAAGUUGCUCUGCGUUCGCAUCUGAACAGGAUUACAGACCUAUCGCUCCCAUGGAGCUUGACGAUGACGACGACCCGCACCGAGUUCUGGACCACGCUGGAGCCCUUCGUCCGAGACGUCAUAGUCUCGCAAGGCGUCAUCUUGGUUACAGAUCACUUUGCGUUGCUGAACGCGACAAGUCUGCUGCCCGGUGAACAUCGCGAGGACCCGACGACCCAGCCAGGAUUUGACGCCGUGAUGAGACUAGUGAGGGACGGCCAUCUGUGGGUAAAGCUGAGCGCACCGUAUCGCAUCAGCGACGACAGCCCAGGAUACUCGGAUGUGGAGUUUCUAGUGCGCGCAUUUGUCGAUGCGAACAAGCACCGGGUGCUGUGGGGCAGCGAUUGGCCGCAUACGCCGCGAAUGAAGGUCCGGACACACGAGGCUGCCAUGAGGGAGACGCCGUAUCUCGAGGUAGAUGAUGCGGCGUGGCUCAAGAGCCUGAGGUCUUGGCUCUCAGAUGAGGAGUGGGAUCUGCUAAUGGUUCAGAAUCCAAGCCAUAUCUUUGGACGGUGA